AUGUCGUCUAACGCUGCUAGCAUGCUAUCUCUGGGAGGGGAGAGAACGAGUGGCGAAUCUGUUCGCAAGCAAAACGUUCUGGCUGCUUGUUCAAUCGCCAAUAUUGUGAGAACAAGCCUUGGUCCUGUUGGUCUUGAUAAAAUGCUGGUCGAUGACGUCGGAGAUGUGACAAUUACUAAUGAUGGGGCUACAAUUUUAAAAUUACUUGAUGUUGAACAUCCUGCAGGAAAGAUUCUUGUUCAACUCGCACAGUUACAAGAUGAAGAAGUUGGAGAUGGAACGACUUCCGUUGUCAUUCUGGCAGCUGCAUUGCUUAAGAACGCUGAUGAAUUAAUUUCUCGAUAUGUUCACCCAACAAUUGUAAUUAAUGGUUAUCGGCUGGCAUGUCGAGAAGCUUGCAAAUACAUACAAGAACAUAUGGUGUUUGAUGUAAAUAAACUGGGGAAACCGGAGUUGAUCAAUGCUGCACGAACUGCUAUGUCAAGCAAACUUAUCAAUCUGGAUGCAGAUAUGUUUUCACAAAUGGCUGUGGACGCCGUUAUGGCUGUUGAAGUAUCUGGGGGCUCAAAAGGUCCUAUUUAUCCCAUAAAGGCAAUCAAUAUUUUGAAAGCACAUGGUCGAUCAAUGUCGGAGAGCAUGUUAAUUGAUGGUUAUGCUCUAAACUGCACUGUGGCUAGCCAACAAAUGCCACGCAUUGUAAGAAAGGCGAAAAUUGCCUUUUUGGAUUUCAGUUUGCAGAAAAUUAAAAUGAAACUUGGAGUACAAAUUGUUGUGAAGGAUCCUAGCCAACUUGAAGCACUUCGUCAGCGUGAAGCCGAUAUCACCAAAGAGCGUAUACAAAAAAUUCUUAGUGCUGGCGCCAAUGUUAUCUUAACCACUGGUGGCAUCGAUGAUCUUUGCAUGAAAUAUUUUGUUGAAGCUAACGCUAUGGCUGUUCGAAGAUGCAAAAAGGUCGACUUGAAAAAUAUGGCGAAAGCAACUGGAGGUCAGCUAAUUGUCAGUUUGGCAGAUAUGGAAGGUGACGAAGUUUUUGAUCCAACAAAACUGGGAACUGCCGAAGAAGUAGCUCAGGAACGAAUAUGUGAUGAUGAUUAA